AGUGAGAUAUUCCACUUUUUCCUAAGCAGUUGUUUGCUGCAAUCGUGCGCAUUCUGUAUUUGACUGUGACUGCAUGUGGUAGUGAAGUUCUCAUAGGCGAGCAAUAAGCAAGUUCGGAGUCUCGCGUUAUUCGGUUCCCUGUUGAGGGUUGCUGAUCGGUGCGUACGUGUCGUCUGUGCGAUCGCUGCUGCAGAAGCGCAAUACGAACCAGGCGCUGAUAUCGAUGGGUGGGGACUACCAGUCGGCAGCGUACACCUACGAGAACAUCGACACCCUCAUCCGAUACAUCAACGCAAAGCACCAGCACCUGCCCAAGGUCCACGCCUUCUACUCGACGCCGUCGUGCUACCUCCGCUCGCUGCUGGAGGCAAACGAGGCCUGGACGGAACUGGACGAGGACUUGUUUCCCUACACCGACGGCAUACCGGGAAGCGGGCCAGCGCACUCCCCACAGCAGACGGCCUACUGGACGGGCUACUUCACCACGGAGCCGAACUUCAAACGGACGGUGCGGCGAGCCAACGGGGUGCUACAAGCCUGCAAGCAGCUUGCGGUUUUGGGCUUCGUACACAGCAAGGACAUCCGGGUGUUCCAGGAGAACGUGGCCCUCGCUCAGAACAACGAAGUGAUAGCGGGAAGCGAGAGGCCUGAAGUGCUCCUGCAGCACGAGGCGCUACUGAACAACGGUAUCGCUCGCUGUCAACGUGUCAUGGACGAGGCUCUCCGCACCAUCGUGUGGGAAGGGAACUCAGUCAGCCAGCUUCGCUUCUCACACUGCCUCGAGGCCGAGGACGACUGCAAGCCGGUGGACUCGGACGAGGCAUGGCUGCUGGUCUACAACCCUCUCGGAUACGCGUACACCACCCACGUACGGUUGCCGGCGAAGGAGGGAUACUCCUACGUCGUUGACGGCAAGCAUGCCCAGAUCUUGUCGGCCGAAGAUAAAGUCGACGAGGUGGUGUUCUCGUCGCGGCUUGUGCCCCUCGGUGUCACGACGCACUACGUACAGAGGUCGCGAGAGUCUCCGGGCACCGCCAGGAAGCCGCAAGCUUCCAGAGUGGAGAAACCCAGCAAAAUGACCGUCAUCCGAAACAAGCGCUACCGCCUCCUGGUGGACUCCACGACGGGCUUCGUGCGGGGCGUCAUGGUCAAGGGUGGGCUGCAGGUGACACUGCAGCACGUGUUUCUGUCCUACCACGCGUACCAGGGAACCAGCCGCAAGGCUUCGGACAGUCGCGUGCUGAACCCCGUCAAUGACGACCCGUUCGAGCUGGGCAACAACAUCACCUUCCACAUCACACGGGGGCCUGAGGUGCAGGAGCUGCACCAGCGCUACACUCCGUGGCUCGGCCUGGUGGUGCGCCUGUUCGAGAACGAAGAGGUGAUCGAGUUCGAGUGGACACUGGGUCCGGUGCCUCUGAGUGAUCACAAGGGCAAGGAGAUCGUGUGCAGGUUCUCCAGCAGCGUGCAGAGCGGCCAGCUCUUUUACACCGACACCAACGGACGCCGAAGCAUCGAGAGGAAGAGACCUGACGGAAGUCCUGUGGCCUCCAACUUCUACCCGGCCACUUCGUGGGCAUUUCUAGCGAGUGAUUCACAGGGCCUGCAGCUGACCGUGUUCCCAGACAGACCUCAAGGUGCCGCCAGCCUGUCAUCCGGCAACCUCGAGUUCCUCAUCCAGCGUCGGCUCCUUGGAGACCGCGGAGUGCCCGUGAGAGGACGCCACUGGUUACACGUCGGCACCAUCGCCGAUUCGCAGGAGUAUUUACGCAUAUUCGCCAAUCGCCUGGUGUGGACUCCUCAGCUUUCGCUGGUUGACGCUCGGCAGCCGUACUUCACCAACCUUACACAGAGAGAGUGGAGCGGUUUGCGCUCGGAACUUCCCAAGCACGUGCACGUGCUCACGCUGGAGCGCGUGUCCGGAGAGAAGCUGCUGGUGCGACUGGAAUUCCAAGCGCCCGAGAUGCCAGAAUACGUCAACACGACACAGUUGCACAUAUCGCGCCUGCUGAAGAACCAGGACAUCUACCACAUCCUAGAGACUUCGUUAGGAUCGACGCAGGACAAGACGGAAAUGGUCCGCUUUGUCUGGCGUCGCCACAACCGACCGCUGCCAGCCGUCAGCCAAGAACAGCGCAUGCGCGUGUGGCUCAAACGCGGAUACCGACCGCGCUUCGAGGACACCGUGGUUCUGCACCCGGGCGAGAUUCGAACCUUCGUGGGGCGAGCCGAGAAAGUCCGUCCACUGCCGGACAGUUAAAAAGGAAACAAAUUUCAGAAAAAGAACUACAACACUGCGAUACGUUUGACAAAACGGCGGUCGUUCUAUACGGUGGGAAUGUCAUCAAGAAUAGCGGCAAAAAAAAAGAAAGGAAAGAAAAGAAAACUGCCCGAGUACGAUUCUGCUGCACGCCUGGUGGGUUAACUGAUUUUCUCGAAAGAGUUCGGCUACGGAGAGAAAAUUAACGCACGAUACGAUGUAUCACCUGACGCUGCGGUAUUACCUGCAAUAGUCGCAGUAGGGAGCUCAUACUUAACUUAAAUCAACAAAAAAAUAUUAACGAAACUUUCUUCAGACCAAUGUAUAAAAAUAUGAAGCAAUUAGUCGCUUGGCUUACAAAAACCGUAACUCGGCGGUAAUAACAGGUACCGCAAUUCGCCAAACUGUAUCACUCAAAUGUGUGUAAAAGAGAGCAAAUUUAUUCCUUCGUUUUUAUACUUCGCGAGCAAACACUAUUGUUCCAUCAGUUUUACGAAAUUAUUCACAACAUGUUUUUAUACUUAAGAGAUACAUACUGUCUGAAUGCGGUCUGCUUCAGAUGCAGAGCGGAAUCUAAAAUCACAAAUCGUAUCACAAAUCUAAAACUGCCUUUUAACAAUGAAGUCUUAGAAUUACGAUAUGCCUUUGUUAUUAUUGUUUUGUUUUUAGUUGCACGUCUUUAGUUAUUUUGUCAAUUUUACUGAAAUGUUCAAAACUAUAUAGCUUUGAUGUCUCGUAAGUGUGUGCACAGUGGCUUCUGGGCACGCCGUGCUGGAGGCUCCGGAUUAAAAUUUCGAACUGGGGCUCUUUAAAAGGUGAACCAAAAUCAAACUACACGAGUCGGUGGACGUGCCAUUCUGGUGCUGAGUACGAGGUCGCAUGUUCGAAUUCCUGUCACGCCGGCCGCAUUUAGAUGGAGGCAAAAAUGCAAGAACGCUCGUGCCCUGAAAUAUUUCGGUUUGAUUGUAUUUGUAGAGGAAAAAAAUGGCAUGUUUUACCA